AUGUCCUUCCUCGCCCAAUGCUGUGGCUUCGGCCGCAAACGAGGGGAAGAUACCGAUCCGUUGCUGCCUCGAUAUGAAGAUGACACAAGUCGGCAACGAGCUCUCCACCAGAAGCUGCACACCUACCAGAUGUUGAGAGCCCUUUCCAAAGGUUACAUGCCCUCCACCGAGCAGACGAUUGUCAACUUGCGAACCCUCCUCGCUGCAGACAUCCUCAAUCCAAACAACAAGGAGUUGAGCGACUCAGGCCGAGCUCUCAUCCGGAAUUGUCGAACGUGGCUUAAGUUGUUCAUUGAAAUAUUAAGAACUAAGAAUGACCAAGACCAGAUUCAAGACUUCCUCUGGUAUACAACAAAGUCUCGAAUCUCCUUGGAUGUUGACGACAUUUCUUAUUCGGCGUCCAGAGUUAAGGCUAGGGCGGAUGCUCGGGCUGCUUAUGAGAGCUUCCGCACCGUCGGCGGUCUACUUCUCACCAAUGCCGAUUUCAGAUUGUUCGUCAACGAUGUCGCCACAAUAGGAAGAGAGGUUCUGGCAGAUACUGCGUUCUCGUUGUCUUCGGCAGCCGAGAAGGCUGGUAAACAGCUCGAGCUCUCGGAACAGGAACAACAGGCCGUCGCGAAGCCUGGAGCCGACGAGGGUAACCUGCCGUCCAAGCAGGAAUUGGAGCAAAAUGCGGAAGAGACAUCGAAGGUGAUUGGGUCUGAGGUAGCAAAAGUUGGAAAGGAUGCGAUUGAGAGUGCCAAAGAGAACUUCAGUGGUUCGCAAAAAGACACCCUGUUGUACCGUCUGAAGCAGGCAAUUCUCAGACUUAGGACUCGCACCGACUAUCAUGACUCGGUGUCGACCAUCUCAAAAUUGAUACAACGCUAUGCUAUUGCGUACUCGCGAGUUGCAGAUACCGCCGUCGCUGCAGCACAAGAAGAUAUCCACACUAACCCAGCCCUGGACCGUGCUGUGCACAACUUCUGGAGCUUUUUGAGCAGCUUCGGUGACCCCAACGCGUGGAAGGAGUUGGAGCAGGACUUCAACAAGGUCAUGAGCCACGCUAAAUCAGACCCCCAGUUUGAGAACUUCAUGGUCGAAGUGGGUAACGUCGUGCAGCGAAUGUUCACUGAUCCGGAAUUCUUCGACAAUGUGGACCAAAAGCUCGAAGAGCUCAAGGAGAAGUCUUCUAAACUAGGCACCGAGUCCGAGUUUAGAACAGAUUUCGACAAAAUGCUGAGACAAGCACAGGUCACCAUAACCUCUGUGAUGGAAGACAAGGACGUCAAUGGACUGCUGCUGGCGACAAAGCGGAUUUACACCAUUCUGACACCUCCAAAUAAGGUCACCAACCCCGACCUGAUCACCGAUGCUAUCCACAUUUUUCUGCCUCUCCUCAUCCGGAGCGUUCAAUACAUUCCCAUUCCUCGGGUGGAGGUUAGUGUUCCGGAAAUGGACCUUCUGCUCGAAAAUCUUGUGCUUGAGCCCGGUCGAAACGUCAACUCGACCUCUUUCCUUCCCUACCGUCUUCUAGUCUCGACCAAGAACGAUCUAGAAAUUCGCAAGACGCACUCAAGGAAAACUGUCUCUAGCACCAAGUCCCUCGUCACCAUCUCCAUCAAUGGGCUCAGUGUCGCGGCUCAAGAUCUAGGCUUUUGGAUCCGCGGCCACGCUGGUCUCAUCCACUUUGCCGAUGAAGGGAUUGCGAGCUUCUAUCUUGACGAGCGCGGUAUCGACAUCUCUCUGGACCUAGAAAUCGGUCGUGAGAAGCUCGAACAAAUUCUCACUCUGCGAGGUGUCAGAGUCCACAUUCACAAGCUUGAUUAUGACCUCCGCCAGUCAAAGUUAUCCUGGCUAGGUUGGUUAUUCAAACCCUUGCUGAAACAUCUGGUCAGACGUUCGCUGGAAAAGGCACUUGCCGAGAACAUCGUCAAGGCCUUGCGCGCCGCGAAUCGUGAGCUUGUUUUUGCGCGAGAACGACUACGUGCAACACGCAUUGCAGAUCCCCAGGACGUCGUCACAUUCUUGAAGGCCGUCAUGGCGAGGCUGACGCCAGAAGAAGACCCAGAUCUGUACACGAGAGUUGGCGUGGACGCUCCAAAGCAGGGCGUUUUCCGAGGGGUAUAUACACCUGGAAGCAUCGUCAAACUGUGGCACGAGGAAGCACUGAGGGCCGAGGAGGCUGUACAGGAUGGGGAGGAGAGGGGUGGUGGGUGGAGGAACGACAUUUUCGAUACCCCCGUUUUAUAA